AUGCAGUACCCGGAUGAAAUCAACGAUCUUGCCCAGCUAACAAUGGAGGAAUUCGUCGGCCAUUCCCAGCAUUUGUUUAACCAGAUUAAGGAUCUUCCUUCAGAGGUCGACUUCAUUCGCUUCGUAUUGGCAGGUAGGGUUGGACAGCAAGCGGCUGAUGAGCCCGACCAGCAUCAUAUCACUUUGAAUUGCCUGCAAGGUCUCCCUCCUCUUCCUCAGACUCGAAUCAGUAGGGACCUCGACUCUGCCAUCGGAAUAUCUCGCACGUUACCCUAUACAAGCGCUUUGGCAAUCUGGCCCAUUCCUCCUUUCAAAGAGAUGCUGACUAAAGAUAAUCAUACCCAGAGCCAUGCAUACGAUGCUCAGGGCGAUAGGAUUUUCGUUCCUAUGCACAAAAUUCCUAACGUGCCAUUGGGAAAGGUCCAACAAAGGCAUGUAGUGCGGAUCUUCUUUCCCCGGCUCUACAGUGCAGACGGUGUAGUUCUGGUGUCUCAAGAGGAUUUGGCCCUCCUUUACGACCAUUGCCUGCGCCCCACACUAUUAGAGGUUCUGCCGGAAUUCGCUGAUCGGGCGCCGACAUCAUACGCUGCCGCAUACAUGCAAUCAAAGACCCGCGCCGGGGGGCUCGCGUUCAACACCCUAGACAUCCCUUGGAAUAGAUUGGAAGAGGUUGCUGAAAUAUUGCUGGCCAAACUUCAGGAGCAGAAGCCUGCUUUCAGGGACGCGUAUUUUGUCCACGAGCUGAGGGGAACGAAGGGGAGUACUAUACACGAUGGUGAGAAAGAUUGGGAGCGACAGAUGGCUUUCGAAGAGAUGUUCGAGCAUGUCGAUGUCGAUAACUUGAAUCCUCGGGAGUGGCUGGUUGAUGUCGCUCUGACUAUCGGAGUAGACGGACAUGUCCCGGAGCUGCUACAGGUCCUUGAACUGCCAUUCGAUCAAGCUCAGUACUGCGUAUGCACUCCAGAUCAGUGGAAGAUGCACUUUGACCGCAUUUUUCCCUCUUCCGUCCAGGAAGCUCGAGCCAGCGGUCAGAAUUUUCCUAGUUGUUCCUACUACAAGAGUUACAUUGCUCUUGCUAGCACUGUAAACGACGCAGGUCUGGUUAAGAUCAGAUGUGCGCUCAGGAAGGAAUUUGACAAACUGGCAUGGGCACCAUGGACAUCCACGGAUCGUAUGUGGGGAACAGGCGCAAAGACCAGCAGAGCAUGGAAAGUGCUUCCUCGGGAGAAAAAAGGAGGCCCAAUGAUCGCCAUCAACCCUAGACGCCAUAACCAACGAGUCAGCCUGCGUGCGUUUGAUCAACCUGACGAGAAUGAUGUUACGGACGCUGAGGAGGAGUGA